AUGCCGCAGAUGGGCUCAUGGAAAGACCCUUUCCUAACUGUUACCUUCCCCAGCAAGGUCAUCUUCAUCAUUGCCUCGUGGGUGCUGUUUGUCAUCAACACUGGCGUGAUCAUUGGGGAUCUCUACCACUUCCUGGUCUCUCAAAGGGGAGAUCUCAUGAGCUUCUACUACACAGUGUCGCUGCUGUUCUCCCACGUGACCAGUUUUUAUUUCUCCCUCCUGGCCAGCAUCUACACCUUGCAGGCAGAUGAUGGGUUCUUGACGUGCUUGGCCCUGACCUCCUUUGUCGCCAAUCUUACUAUGUACAUCUGCCGAUUCUGUAUGGACUAUCUCACCAUCGAUUACAGGGAAGAAAAAUACGAAUGA